CGGGUCCGCCAUGGCCGCGAACUGCGCGGGGGCCGCGGGGACGGCGGCGGGAGCCGUCGCCGCCGUGGGCUCGGCCCUGAGCGCCAGCAAGACUAAGACCAAGAAGAAACACUUCGUGUGCCAGAAGGUGAAGCUGUUCCGGGCCUCGGAGCCGCUGCUCAGCGUCCUUAUGUGGGGGGCGAACCACACGAUCAAUGAGCUCAGCAAUGUUCCCGUCCCCGUCAUGCUAAUGCCCGAUGACUUUAAAGCCUACAGUAAGAUUAAGGUGGACAAUCAUCUAUUCAACAAGGAGAACCUGCCCAGCCGCUUCAAAUUCAAGGAGUAUUGUCCCCUGGUGUUCCGGAACCUCCGGGAGAGAUUUGGGAUCGAUGACCAGGACUACCAGAACUCGGUGACACGCAGCGCUCCAGUGAACAGCGACAGCCAGGGCCGCUGUGGCGCGCGCUUCCUCACCACCUACGACAGGAGGUUCGUCAUCAAGGCCGUGUCCAGCGAGGACGUGGCAGAGAUGCACAACAUCCUCAAGAAGUACCACCAGUUCAUUGUGGAGUGCCAUGGGAACACACUGCUGCCCCAGUUCCUGGGCAUGUACCGGCUCACCGUGGACGGCGUGGAGACCUACAUGGUGGUCACCAGAAACGUCUUCAGCCACAGGCUGACUGUGCACAGGAAGUACGACCUGAAGGGUUCAACAGUAUCCAGGGAAGCAAGUGAUAAAGAGAAGGCCAAGGACCUCCCGACCUUCAAGGACAACGACUUCUUGAAUGAGGGUCAGAAGCUGCAUGUUGGAGAAGACAGUAAAAAGAACUUCCUUGAGAAGCUGAAGCGGGAUGUGGAGUUUUUAGCCCAGCUGAAGAUCAUGGAUUACAGCCUGCUGGUGGGCAUCCACGAUGUGGACCGGGCCGAACAGGAGGAGAUGGAGGUGGAGGAGCGGGCAGAGGAUGAGGAGUGUGAGAAUGAUGGGCUGGGGGGGAACCCCAUCUCCUCCUAUGGGACCCCCCCCGACAGCCCCGGCAACCUCCUCAACUACCCCCGGUUCUUCGGGCCCGGGGAGUUCGACCCCUCCGUGGAUGUGUAUGCCAUGAAGAGCCACGACAGUGCCCCCAGGAAGGAGGUUUAUUUCAUGGCCAUCAUCGACAUCCUCACACCCUACGACACCAAGAAGAAAGCUGCACACGCUGCCAAGACAGUGAAACAUGGGGCCGGGGCAGAGAUCUCCACGGUGAAUCCGGAGCAGUACUCAAAGCGCUUCAACGAGUUCAUCUCCAGCAUCCUGACAUAGGGGCACAUCCUGCUGCAGGGCUGCAGGCAGGCCUGGGGGCUGCUCCUGCAGCCUGAGACAGCACAGACACUGCAGCAGCACCGGGGCACACCUGUGGCACCGUGUGGGGCACGUGUGGCACCGUGUGACAAAACCCAUCCUCAUCCUCGCUGCGCCCGCUGCACCUCUGGGUUUGGCGUUCCAGAAGUGCCCAGAUCUCAGAUUUGAGGGCUUUUCCAAACAAGCCAAGUGCAUUGUUCCAGCACUGCUCUUUCUGCCCAGUGACGUUUUUUCCUCUCUGCUGAGGGGCUGGGACACGUGUGGCACUGUCCCCAAGGGGUCACAUUCAGCAGUGCCUGACUCACAAACCACUCCUUGUUUUUUGUGUUGUUGUUGUUGUUGUUUUAUUGGACUGGCUUGGCCAGAAAAAGAAAAAAAAAAAAAAAAACCUUUAUUUCCCUCUCGGUAGGAAUUGGAAGGAAAAUAGCUCACCAUUUCAAGGAUGGAAAAUAUAACUGAUAAAAAGGAGGAGUCGCUGAACUUUAGGUAAAUUCAGACUGGGACACUUUCUAUUUUUUUGGUUAAUUUAAGUAACGAAAAAGAAAAGGAAAAAAAAAACCACUUUUUUGUAACUGCACUUGAUUUACAAGAAAGGUGAGGGAAAUGAACAUCUACCAAAGAUGAUGUCUGAAAAAAAAAAAAAGGUAUAACUCAAAAACAAGCAGAGAACUGAGAGAGGCAUUGACCAACCUCAGCUCAUUAUGUGCUCGGACCUGGGGUGAUUUUAAUUGGCCAGCUCUGAAGAUUUUCUUAAAAGAAGAGGAAAAACAAAUAUUUUAAAAAAGGCAUUUUUGUACCUGUAGAUCCAGGCUAAGAUUUUGGGCCACUUCCUCAGCCAGGAAUGGCUCUGAGGUCACCAUCACAAUCCUGCCAGUGUUAAUUAGCUAACUAAUUAUUCAGUCUUCCUUCCCCACCUCACCUGCAACAGGUACUUGAAUCUGUGUCCUGACAGAGGUUGCUGGGUUGGUUUUUUUGUGUUUUAUUUUUAAAAAAUGUGACUUGCACAGAAGGAAUUGGCCUGGCUGCCAGGGGGGAGUGCUGGAGGCUGGGCUCAUCCUGCUCCCAACCCCCUGAGUGACCCUCCAGGAGUGGAAAUGGUUGAACUCUCACACCAGAUUUCUUUUCCAGCCCCCCCCUGAAGGAUUUUGGGACUGAUUGGAGUGACUGAAAUCAUCCUGUUUUGUCUACUUUAACCUUUUCACAGCCAAGCUCGGCAGCCUCGCUGUGGGUUUCGUUAGCUCUGCUGCACAACAAAACUUUUGGUUCUUUGUUUUGGGAUUUGUUGUUUGGAUUUUUAAUUUCCUUUCUCUUUUUAAGCAGGAUUUAGAGUCUUGAACAAACCUCUUUGCAGUUGAAACAUGUUGCUUAAUCUGCCUUGGAACUGUUUUUCACACACGCCUUUGUUUGGGGAAUAAGCUGUUGGGAGUGUCUGUCCUGUGCUGUAACAGUUCUUGCUGUGCGGAAUUUUGGUCCUUUUUGAGACAUAACUGGUGCUCAUCACACCCUGGUAAUUCCCCUAAAUUAACCCUGCCUCUGGCUGGAUUCUGAAUGUGGGGUUUGGGGGAAUUUUUUGGUUUUUAUUUCCUCAUCACCCCCUCCCCAUUUCCCCCCCUGAUGUGAAUCCCCCCACAGGCCUUGGGAGGGGCUGAAAUUGAAGCCCCUGAGGGUGCACUGUAAAUAGAAUUUUGGAGAAAUGAAAAAUUAGGGGUCCUGAUGGGAUUUGAGGAUUUUUGGUCCUUCCCUUUGGCGUGGCACAAAUUUCUGCUGCCCCUUUGGUGUGGGAGGCUGGAGGGGUUUUAAGCUGUGGAGCUGGAAAAGCCACGACCCAAAUGCAGCUAAAAAAUACUUUAAAAGAAAAAAAAAAGGGAGGACUUGGAGGGCAUCAUCAGCUUCAUUUUGUGGGCAUUAUGUUGGUUGCUUCUCUCUUAAUAAGCACUUAAGUUUACUGCUAAUUAGGAAUUAAACACCAAUCACUUUUUAUUCCUGACAGUUAAAAAAAAAAAAAUCUGCAUUGAAUCUGCAACUUUGACCUGGUAAGUUUGCCCUUCUCCUUUUGGGGAGAGUAUCUUGAAAUCAUCUAUUAAAAAAAAAAAAAAAACAAAUGUAAAUAAAUAAAGAGGAGAAAAAGGGGAGAGGAAGAGAGCAGGAGGUGGGUGAACACCACAACAGAGCAAACCCAGAGAAAGGGGAGUGAAGAUGGCAAAAAAAUCUCCUUUAGUGAAUUCCAGAAUAAUGAAUCCAAUCAAAAACCAGGGAAUUCCUGCAGAAAUCCUUACAGAGUUCUGAGAAAAAUUGAGAGCGGGAAAUAAUUUCUUACUUCAAACUCCUGCUGGGAUUAAAUUUGGCUGUUCCAGGUGAAUCUGGGGGUGUCCCACAAAGAUUCUGCCCCUUCUGUCCAGUUGCCAUAUUGUGUAUUAAAGUGAUUAAAUGCAAUUUUCUCACCUAAUGACGUAUUACCCAGGUAUGUAACUUCGUUUAACAGAAGCAUUUUUGUAUAUUGUUUACAUGUGCAGAAGUAGCAUUACCUUAAAAAUGCUAAAUUUUGUUUCUAGACAGUAUUUUUUACUACCAGAACAAGAAGUGAAGCUGCAAAUAUUUUGAUUUGUUUUUAAAAGGGACUUUUUCUUUCUGUUUGUUUUGGGGUUUUUUUUCUUUGCUUUGUUUUGUUUUGUUGGGUUUUUCUUUUUCUUUUAAAUCUUUUUAGGUCACUUUUUUAACUCAAGUAUUUAAAAAACAAAAAAAAAAAAGGAAAAUCCAGCACUUUCAGUUCUGGUUUUACAACUGCUUGUGCUAGUUUGUUGUCUGUUUUUGGUGUGGAUUUAAUUCUAGUUUUUGCUGAAUGUAGAUGUCCCUGUCCUUAGCAUGAACCCUGCAGAACACAUUUAACUGACAGGAUUUGCAGCAGAAUUCAGGGUUUUUUUGGCCAAAAUAAAGCAAAAUUUGGUUGAGUGGAACUCCAAAUAAUCAGUGAGCAGCAUCUCCCCCUCUGCAGUGCCUGAGGCAGGAGGAGCUGCAGGAUCCACAUUCCUAAGGGAUUUAAAACCCCCGAAAUAUGCUUUGAGUUGGGAAUUCCCAUCUUCCCUGCUGAGACAGCCCUGAAAUCAGAGUGGGAGAGGGGAGGCAGAGCCAGCUGUGCUCCAGGAGUGCAAUAAAUGCACUGCAGAGCUGCUGGGCUGGGAACUGGGGGUUCCAGGGGCUCCCCAGGGCUGGGAUUUGGGGAACAGCCCCAGGAGCUGUGGGAGCCUUCCCUUGGUCCCUCCUCAUCCCUGCCUGGCCCGGGCUCCAUCCUGAGCCACAAUCAUGGAAUUAAUUGGGAAUUUACCCCAUGGGGAUGGAGUUCAUCCUGUGGGGAUAAAAUUUACCCCACUGGCGACAGAAGUCAUCCCAUGGGGACCAAAUUCACCAUGUGGGGAUGGAAUUCACCAUGUGGGGAUGGAAUUGAUCCUGUGGGGACAGAAUUCAUCCUAUGGAGGUGGAAUUCAUCCUGCUGGGAUGGAAUUUAUCCCACAGGCAUGGAAUUCACCCCACUGGGGACAGAGUUCAGCCCAUGGGGCAGCAGGAGGAGGCCAUACUCAGACAGUCCCAGCUUGGAAUCUGGAUCAGCACAAUCAGCAAGGAAAUCGGAACCACUCUGAGUCUUAUUUCCUUUUGUUGGUUUUUUUUGGGGUUUUUUGAGUUUUUUGUUUGCUUGGGUGGUUUUUUGUUUAUUUGGUUUUGUUACUGGUAUUUUGGGAGGAAAUCCCUGCUUUCCCAGCCAGGGCAGGCUCAGGGAGGUGAGGAGGUUGUGGUGGUGGAUAUUCCCAAUCCAUGACUACUAUGCAGUCCUUUCCCAGGCCUCCCUUCCAGCUGCACCUGGAAUUUCACCCCCAGCUGAAGAAUUUCCCCCCAAAACCAGGGGAGUGUCCCCAGCAUGGCCACAGCCCCAAAUUCCCAAAUGUCCCCUUCCUGCAGAGCCACUCCCAGUGUCCCCCUCAGCCCCCACCCCUUGGUCCUGGCUCUGUGGUAUGGAUCCCAUGGAUAACUGGGAUGGCAGAGCUCUGGACACAUCAUUUUUAGUGGAAACCACUCAAAAUUUCUGCUGCUCUGGGGCUGCCUAAGCAGCUGAAUGGGAGUGGAGAGAGCAGAUUCCACACACAGGUCAUGAGGGUGGGCAGGGCUAAUCAGUGCAACUGAAUUGAAAAGAAAAAAAUGUGAAUAAAUUAAGUUUAAUCUAAAAACUAAACAAAAUAAAAACCUAAAAAAAACUAAAAAAAAUAUUUAAAAGUAAAAAAAAGAACAUUUUAGGUUUUUUCACUGCUGUUUUUUAAAUAGGAAUUUGAAGUCCUCUGUGCUUGUCUGUUUGCUAGGAGCAGUUUGAGACACUGUUACUGUUUUGAAAUGCAUGCAUGUUACAAGAUGAGUCUCCAACCAGAGAAAAAAAAAGAAAUUAAAACUUUGUGUACAUCUGGGUC